CGUCACUCGGUUUAGUUACCUUCUUUCUUCUAUUCCAACUUGCAUAUCUCUCUCUCUCUCUCUCUCAAAUAUACACGAUUGAACUGUGAUGAGCCUUGUAUUCUUUGUCUCCAAAUACUACGUCUCGAUCAUUAUAACCAUUUAGCCGUCAAACAUUGAUCGUCAUGUCUGGAAUCAAAGGAGAAGUGUUGUGGCCGAGGUUAGUGGCCAGCAAGAUCUUCAAAAAGAGAUUGGGAGGCAACAACUUCGUCGCCGAUUAUCCCACCGGUGACGAUUCCUUCAUGGAUAUCCCACCUUGCUUCGCUCCCACUGCGACACUCCUCAAGGAUUCCGACGAGGAGACACCAAAUUACAAGGUCUUUGUUAGCACUUGGAACGUUGGAGGUGUUGAACCAACGGAAAAUACUGCCGUGGAUGACUUGAUAGACCACACGAGCCCCUGCGAUAUCUACGUUUUCGGUUUUCAAGAAGUGGUGCCUUUGAGAGCGGGAAACGUGCUGGGAUCGGAGAAGAGCAAGAUUUCGAUAAAGUGGAAUUCCCUAAUAAGAGCUGCUCUCAUGAAAAUAGACACCAAACACAAAAUAAAUGAACAAUAUUCGAGUUUCAAAUGCAUCAUCAGUAAGCAAAUGGUUGGGAUACUAAUUUCGGUUUGGGUUCGGGCUGAGCUCCGGCCCUACAUCCGAAACCCCAGCGUCUCCUGCGUUGGCUGCGGCAUAAUGGGUUGUUUAGGAAAUAAGGGUUCUGUGUCGGUAAGAUUUCGAUUGCAUGAAACAAGCUUCUGCUUUGUGUGCAGUCAUCUGGCUUCAGGUGGGAGAGAAGCCCAUCACAAAUAUAGAAACUCAAAUAUCCAAGAAAUAUUAUCAAGAACCAUUUUUUCCAGUGGUUCUUCACUUCAUCUCCCCACGGAUAUUCUUCAUCAUGACCGGGUGAUAUUCCUUGGAGAUUUAAAUUACAGGAUCUCCUUGCCUGAAUCAACCACAAGGCUGCUAGUUUAUGAAGGAGACUGGAAUGCAUUAUUGGAACAUGAUCAACUAAGGAUGGAGCUGGUGGAAGGGCAAGUAUUGGAAGGUUGGCACGAGGGAAACAUAAAUUUUGGGCCAACAUAUAAAUACUAUCCUGGUUCAGAUGAAUAUUACGGCAUAUUUGAGGGCGAAAAGAAACGUGCUCCUGCAUGGUGUGACAGAAUAAUAUGGCAAGGUGAAGGAGUGAAGCAGCAUUCUUAUGAAAGAGUGGAAUCAAAAUUGUCAGAUCAUAGACCAGUUAGAGCAAUAUUCAGCACACAAGUAAGAGUGAAGUUGAAGCUUAGGGCCCUCGGGAACUUCUUUUUGUCUGAGAGAUUUGAACGCUUCACAAACUCCGACACCAAUCUGCAUAAUUUUCAAGAUGAUUUUCCCAACUCAUGUAGUAAUCCCAGAUUCAGCCUUCACCUUACUGAUUUUUAAUAAAUUCAUUUUCACUACUUUGUUAAUAUUGAGUUUAAAGAACAUAUAUUUACAUAAAUGAAUUCAUGUUUUUUCUUUUA